GAUUGCUUAUUAAUACUUUUUCAUACUUGUCCUUAAUCUUCAAUCUCAUCCUAUAAAAAAUAAGCCUACUUAUAACAAUUCCUCUUCAAUUAAUAUAAAAUAAAAUAUAGAGAAAUAUAAAUGAAAAAUUAGCUCCUUACCAUAUAAGGCGAAUCGACGAGCCACCGGACAAUUCACCACGAUAAUAACUUUGUUUCGAGUACGGCACUUUUAUGGGAGUUUAAAAAAUACCCACGUUUCGUUACAUUUUUAAACUAGGGAAUUGCGAUACAUUUGCGUGGCAAUAAACAGCUGAUUUCUGCUAACCCGAUGCUCUAAAUCGCCAUAUUUACAAAUCAUAAUCUUACUAGAGUCACUGCUCAUUAGAAUACAUACAAGUGUCAGACUUUUGAAUCGUGAAUUUUUUUAUUACUCUUUUACAAAAUUAAUAACUAGCAUAUAUUAGAGAGAUUAAAGUGUUUUAAAAAUAAACUGAUAAAAAUGACGAAAAGUGAUCUGACUGCUAAGGAAUGGAAGGAAAAGGGCAAUGAAGAAUUUAAUAACGGGUUUUUUGACGAGGCUUUGAGUUGUUAUACCAAUGCCUUGAGGCUCUCAAACGAAGAUAAUUUUGAUAAGGCUGUCUACUAUAAAAAUAGAGCUGCAGUUUACCUCAAGAAAAAAGAAUUUCAAAAGGUCAUAAAAGACUGUGAUGAGGCUCUAAAGAUUUCACCAAACGAUCCCAAGGCAUUGUUUAGAAGAUGUCAGGCCUAUGAAGCUUUAGAAAGAUUUGAGGAAGCUUAUCGAGAUGCUAGAGCUGUUAUAGCAGCUGAUCCAAGCAAUAAAGCUAUUCAACCAACCCUAGCUAAACUUCACCAACUUUGUCAAGAAAGAAUGCGUGAAAAUUCUAAAACAUCUGCUAAGGUUGCACAAAUGUUUGAAUUGGCAUUUGACUUCAAAGUUGACAAAGAAAAAAGGGAAGCUGCUAUGAAUAACUUACUUGUACUAGCUAAAGAAAAAGCUGGUGCAGAUUUGAUGUAUAAAGCUGGAAUGGCAAUGAAGAUCCAUACACUUCUGAAAACAGAAAAAAAUGAAAAUAUUAUAAUUGCAACUAUUCGCAUACUAGCAGAACUCUGCAAAGAUAAUAUUGAAAGAACCGAAAAAAUAUUACAAGACAUAGGUAUUCCCUGGUUUCUUGAUAUUAUAAACAGUAAAUCAGAAGAUCGAGUGAAUGCUGCUCAAUACUGCAUACAAGUUGUAUUAAAUAGCUACAGUAAAAUGGACAAUAAACCAGAUUCAAAGCCAGAUAAAGAGUACUGUGAAAAGUACAAAAAAGAAAUUGAUACCAUUCUUUCUAGUUUACUUUUUUGUACAACAAAUCGUACUUUUACUGGUGAAGGGAGAGAUGCUGUUAUAGAAAUAAUCAUGAGAAAUAUUCAUUACGAUGCCCUGAAUUGGGCUGAGCGACUUGUUGAACUUGGAGGCUUACAAAGACUAAUGGAAGUUGCUAGUGAAUUUGAAGAAUACAAGUAUGAGUCUGCUAUGAAUAUUACAUCGUCAACUAGAACAGUUACAAGCGUUUGCUUAGCUAGGAUAUAUGAGAAUAUGUAUUACGAUGCAGCAAAACAAAGAUUUGUAGAUGCCAUAGACGAAUUUAUUAAGGACAAAUUGAUAUCUCCAGAUAUUGAAUCAAAGGUCAGAGUAGUUGUGGCAAUUACUACAUUAUUGUUAGGACCAUUGGAUGUUGGAAACAAUGUAGUAGCUAAAGAUGGAAUUUUACAAAUGAUUCUUGUUAUGGCUGGUACAGAUGACAUUUUGCAACAAAAAGUUGCAUGCGAAUGUAUCAUAGCAGCAGCUUCAAAGAAAGAUAAAGCAACCAGUAUUAUCAAUCAAGGAGUGAAUAUCUUGAAAAAACUUUAUCAAUCAAAGGACGAUUCGAUUCGUGUUCGUGCCCUAGUGGGCCUUUGUAAACUGAGUAGUUCUGGUGGUACAGAUGUUUCUAUUCGGCCAUUCGCCGAUGGAGCUUCAAAAAAACUUGCUGAAGCUUGUAGACGAUUCUUAAUUAAUCCUAAAAAAGACAAAGACAUGCGAAAAUGGGCUGUUGAAGGUCUUUCUUAUUUGACAUUUGAUGCUGAAGUUAAGGAAAAAUUAAUUGAAGAUAGAGAAGCCAUACAGGCUAUGAUAGAACUAUCAAAAACUGGUGAUAAAUCAGUCGUCUAUGGAGUUGUUACAACAUUAGUAAACUUGUGCAAUGCUUAUGACAAACAAGAAAUUCUUCCUGAAAUGCUUGAGCUAGCUAAAUUUGCCAAACAUCAUAUUCCUGAAGAAUCUGAACUAGACGACCCAGACUUUGUUGCUAAAAGAGUCAUUGCUCUAGCUAAGGCUGGAGUUACUUCUGCUCUUGUUUCCCUUUCAAAAACAGAUAGUAAAAAUAGUAAGGAGCUCAUUGCUCGUAUAUUUAAUGCAAUUUGUGCACAAGUUGAUGUUCGAGGUACUGUAGUGCAACAAGGUGGCGCAAAAGCUCUCAUACCUCUUGCUUUAGAUGGUACUGAUAAGGGCAAAAAAACUGCUUCUCAAGCUCUGGCGCGUUUAGGAAUAACAAUCAAUCCAGAAGUAGCUUUCCCAGGUCAAAGAAUUUACGAAGUUAUUCGACCCCUCAUUAAUCUUUUAAAUGUAGAAUGCAGUGCUUUAGAAAAUUUUGAGUCAAUGAUGGCUCUUUGCAAUUUAGCAGGCGUAAAUGAUUUAGUUCGUAAAAGAAUUUUAAAGGAAGGUGGUUUUCCAAAAAUCGAAAACUAUAUGUAUGAAGAACACGAUCUAUUAAGACGAGCAGCUGCUCAAUGUAUCAAUAACUUGAUGAUGUGUGAAGAUACCAUUAAGUUCUAUGAUGGUGAUAAUGAUAGAACUAAAUAUUUGGUAGUAUUGUGUGAAGAAGAAGAUUUGGAUACAUGCUUAGCUGCUUCAGGUGCAUUGGCUAUGCUGACAGGAGUAUGCAAAGCUGCAUGUUGCAAAAUAUUUGAUUCUAAAAAUUGGCUUGAUGCUAUGAAAUAUUUAUUAGCCAAUCCUAAUCAAGAUGUACAACACAGAGGAGUUGUCAUAAUAAAUAAUAUCAUGAAUUGUUCAAAAGACGUUGCCACGAGGAUUGUACAAACUGAUAUCAUGGAAGUUUUAAUGGCACUCACAAAAAGUGAAUUGGUUGAAAAUCAAAAGAUCAAAAAAUUAGCAAUGCAAGCAUUAGAAGCUGCUGCCAAAUGGAAACUCAUGGAAAAAUGCCCAGAAUCAUCCCCAGUAGUCCCUGCUCCAAAACAAGUGGAAAAUGUUUUAGAUAAAGUAGAAUGAAUAAUUAUUUAUUGCACUAUAAAAAAUUGUACAUAUAACACUCAACACUAUUAACUGAGUAUUGCUAUGAAAUUAGUAAAAUCGUAUAUAAUGUUGCAAUCAAAACAGAUCGUGUUUUUCAUCUAUAAAGAUAGAACAAAAAUUGGUGCCUUACAAAUAUUCUAAAAAAUUGCAUUUCUUGUUAAUGUAGAAAAUGUUUAUUUAAUAUUAAAAAAAAUAAGUGUUAAAUA